CUGUCAGUACCAUGACAACAGCAGGUCGAGUGUGAGGAGCUGAGAUGUCUUGAGCUACCUGGUUUUACCACACACUACGAGAGAAAACAUCACUGCAUUCAUUACAGGAUGUCUUUGUUUAAGGCCCGUGAUUGGUGGGCGUCGGUGCUGGGCGAGGGCGAGGAGUUUGAUCAGGGAUGUCUGUGUGUUGGGGAUGUGGAUAACAGCGGUACUGGAUAUGAUAAGAUUGUAGUGGGCAGUUUUAUGGGGAUGUUACGCAUCUUCUCACCACACCCUGCUAAACCGGAUGAGCUGACGGAAGCUGACACCCAGCUGCUGGAAGUCCAGAUGCCUGACCCCAUUAUUCAAGUGGAGCUGGGCAAGUUUGUCUCUUGUUCAGAGUCGCUGCAUCUGGCAGUUCUUCACCCCAGAAAGCUGUCUGUCUAUGCUGUUUCAGGUACCGCUGGUAAUGUUGAACAUGGUGACCAGUAUCAGCUGCGACUGGUUUAUGAACACAACCUGCAGAGAACAGCUUGCAACAUGACAUAUGGCCCAUUCGGUGGCGUUACAGGUCAUCAUUUCAUCUGUAUCCAGUCCAUGGAUGGGAUGCUUAUGUUUUUUGAGCAGGAGAGUUAUGCUUUUGGUCGCUUCCUGCCGGGUUUCCUGCUGCCUGGCCCAUUGAGCUACUGCAUUCGCACAGACUCCUUCAUCACCGUCUCCUCCACACGGCAGGUGGAGUGUUACAGGUACGAGACGCUGGCUGUGGCCACAGAUGCAGACACCAAACAAGACUCUAAUCAGCAAAGCAAGAGCUCAGGAAAGAGACUGACGGCUGACUGGACUCUUGUGUUAGGAGAAGAGGCUCUAGAUAUCUGUGUUCCCAAUACGUCUCCGGCGAUGUCCUCCAUCUUUGUGCUGGGCGAGAGAAAUUUAUUCUGUCUCAAGGAUAACGGCCAGAUCCGCUUCAUGAAGAAACUGGAGUUCAAUCCCAGCUGUUUUCUUCCUUAUGGAUCAGUUUCCGAGGGUUCCACCAAUGUCCUGAUGUGUAACCAUAACAACAUGCUGCUGGUGUACCAGGAUGUGACGCUGAAGUGGGCCGCGCAGCUGUCUUGUGUGCCUGUGGCCGUGCGCGUUGCUAACUUUCUGGAGCUGAAGGGUUUGGUGGUGACUCUGAGCUCUGAUGGGCAUCUCCAAUGCUCUUACAUGGGCACUGACCCCUCCUUCUUCACUGCACCCAAAGUGGACGCCCGAGAGGUCAACUACGAUGAGAUCGACACGGAGAUGAAAAUGCUGCAAAGGGUUAUUCGCGAGGCUACCAAAACACAAGACAUUCUCCCGAGGGCAGAGACCGAAGAAGAGCUCACACUGACCGCCGUAGUCUCAUCUAGCCUGGACGAAGUCUCGUGUGCUAUUAUACCUGAGAUGAAUGGGAUGCCUGUGCCCUCUGUCACAGUCAAGGUUAAAAUAAAGAGUCGUGCUGUUGUGCAGAACCCCAAAAUGACAGUGUGUGUUCAGCCUCCUCUGGCAGUCACUCAGGACCAGUUUGUGUUGGACUCGAUGGGCAGUGGCAGUGAGUUAGUGGUGAGCUUCUCAGCGUUUCUGAACGGCCUCUAUCCUCCAGCGGAUAUGAGCGGAGACAUCGCCGUGUCCUACAGCUCGGCUACAGGUAUCCCUCGGGUGUCUCAGUGUAAAUUCAGCCUGCCUCUUCGGUUGGUGUGUUACCCUUCUUCAGCCAUCAAAAACGCCAAGUACAAGAUUACCGUGGACACCAACAAACCUCCUGUCAACCUCAGUGAAGUCUUCCCAGAGUUCUCAGAAAAGUCAGAUAAUAAUGACAGCAGUGCUUUGGGCUUCCAACUCAUCACAGGUUCCAAGGUCAUUGUCCUCGCCUCCAAAACGUCCCAGCGUUACAGGAUCCAGAGCGAGAGCUUUGAGGAUAUCUGGCUGGUGGCCAAGGAGCUGGUGCAGCGUUUCGACCAGCACUUUGCCUCCCUUGGAGUCAAAGACUUUCGAAACAGCUUUACUGGACCCAUUCCGUUGCCUGAGUACUUUGAGACUGUGGACCACCACUUUGAGCUCCGUGUGAAUGCACAGAAGUAUCAGGACUUACUAUCAGAGAGGGCAGUCCAGUUUAGGGCCAUCCAGCGCCGUCUGCUGACCCGAUUUAAAGACAAAACGCCAGGGCCACUUCAAAACCUGGACACACUGAUGGAGGGAACCUACCGUCAGGUUCUGGCAUUAGCAGACGCAGCAGAGGACAACCGGGAGCGUUUGAUCCAGGCGUUUGCACGUUUACGGAGCGCAACUCACCUCCUCAUCCUGCUGCUGUCUCUGUGGCAGGGGCUGAACUCCGAGCAGACCACCAUCCUGGAGGCCACACUCCUGCCACUGCUGCAGGACACACCGCAGCUUGGGUGGGAAGAGAGCGUGGAUGCAGCCGUCUCUCACCUCUUGAAAACGUGUCUGUCACGCAGCCCCAAGGAUCAAGCCAUCAGCUUGAGCACCGGCCCGCUAACCAUUCCAAAAGACACAUCCCGGCUGAAGAAACACAUAAUGCUGCUGUGUGACCGCUUGGGCAAGGGUGGCCGUCUCUCUCUCUCCUCAGAGGCCAAUGUGCCUACCGCCGUCAUGAUGCCAGCUGCUUGUGAGACCAUCCCUGAGCCAAUAAUUGAGCAGGAUGAGGAAGCACCUCUGCAACAGGACGCCGCAAAGUAUAUUAAGAAGAAACAGUCAUCCAAGAGAGUCAAGAGCAAAUCAGCUGCUUGUGAGACCAUCCCUGAGCCAAUAAUUGAGCAGGAUGAGGGAAGCACCUCCUGCAACAGGACGCCGCAAAGUAUAUUAAGAAGAAACAGUCAUCCAAGAGAGUCAAGAGCAAAUCAGUUUCACGAGUUUCUUAUCAGUGCUGACCAUCUGCAGUUUGACAUAGAGCUGUCCAGCUGA